AUGACCUCCACGACACUCUGAACGCCCUGCCCCCUUGCACUACAACGCACACACAACGCCGCCUCCUAACUUAUUUUCUUUGCGCCCGCCAUGUCCGCCAUACCCAGAAGCAGGCUCCCCAUGCGCAUCAUCGCGCUCCCCCUCACGAGCGCAGUUCGCGGACAGAAGCGCGCGCGCGCGUCCGACACCCCCGAACCCCUGAUUUACUUCCAUUUCCAGCAGCCGCCGCCUUCAAAAGACCGCAAGGCGAACUUGCUGGGCAGGGUCACAGGCAAAGCCGCAGAGGUCUGGGCCGGCUUCGGGCAGGCGCCAGAGAACACCUGGAAGUUCAAGGUAUUCCGGUAUGGGGAGCGAUUGGUCGACCGAAUGGACUUUGAAGAGCUCGCGCUCAACGGACUGGACCCCUCCAUGGGCCCGAAGCUCUCCGAACUGACGAAGAGCGGUGAUGAAGAGAAACCCAUCUCGAUCCCGCUCAUACAUCCUAAAUUGCUGGGGACGUCGCCCCUGGCGCACAUAGAAAAGCUGGUGGCGAAGCGGACACCGCGCCACCGCAGAGGAUUUUACAUGUGGAUGCUGUUAGCACCGCUCACCACGCCGUUCAUGAUCAUCCCCGUGGUACCGAACCUACCCUUCUUUUUCUGCGUCUGGCGAUCCUGGUCGCACUACAGAGCCUACCAGGCGUCGGGCUACCUAGAGUCGCUCCUUCGAGAAGGCGCCAUCGUGCCUCACUCGAGCCCUCAUCUCGAUGAAAUAUACGCUGCGCACCCGCCACCGCUUCGCUCGACGGCAGGCGAGGCCCGCGAAUCGCCUUCCCACGACCCCAUGCCCGAGUCCGAGACCGACCCUGCUCACCAAUCGCGCCCCGCCAGUGGGGCCGCGCGCGCGGGUGGUGGUGGUGGCGGCGGCGGCGGCGGCGGCGACACGACCGCUCAGGUGAUCCUCGCGCGCGAGGCUGUGCCGCCGAUCCUGUCCCUGUUCGAUCUGCCGCCAUCUGCGGCGUCGGACAUGCACCGCGCCAUCGAACAGGCGGGCGUUCGCCUGCGCCGGGGGGUGUACAAAUGAAUCCGAGACCGGGAGCGGGCGUGCUCGGGUGAAGACUCCGACGCCGUGCAACCAGUGCCUCGAUCGCGAGUCGGACAUUCAAACGCUGCGUGUGGUGAGACAUGGACAAGGCGUACAAGGCGUUGGGCACUCGCGACUCGUGGAAGGAGUAAAAUAUUCAUUCACUCAUUGGACGGGUGUCCUCUAUCAUGCGAUGUCGAUCACACAGAGGGUUCGCGCCAUAAUGCAUGCCAUGCCUGAUC